AUGACCAAGAUUAUGAUUGUUGCAUUAGCAUUAGUCGCGGUAGCUGCGGCGUAUCCAGGAUACGGCGCAGGUAUCGGUGCAGGAUUCGGUGAUGGCCAUGGAGGCCAUGGUGUCGGUGGUCACAUUGGAUUUGGUCAUGAUCACGACAGCAGUUACGAAGGCCAUAAUGAACACGAACAUGGUGGACACGAACAUAGUGGAUACGAACAUGGUGGACACGAACAUGGUGGACACGAAAAUGGAGAAUACGAACAUGGUGGACAAGAACAUGGAGAAUACGAACAUGGUGGACAAGAACAUGGAGAACAAGAACAUGGAGAAUACAAUCACGGACAUUAU